GAAGAAGAGGAAGAAGAGGAAGAAUGGCUGCUACCACUACGCCCGUAACCUCAGUCGUGAUCCGCACGCGUGUGCUCGGCAUCUGCGUCAUCUGCGACGAAUCGCUCGAGUACCGGCUCAGCCAUGAACGCGUCGUCGAGCUGCAGUGUUCGGGAGGCCACGCAGCGCACGGAGAAUGUGUUGCUGCGACGGACUCAAAGAUAAACAGAGCAGCAAAGUGCACGAUCUGCAGUGCUUCUGUUCCUCCUCCGACGGCGGCGGCGGCGGUGAUGUCGCGCCCUGUUCUGCCUGUGGUGCCGGUGCUGCCUGUGUUGCCUCUUACUCCGGCAUCGAGAACGUCUCCUCCUCCUCCUUCUGUGCACUCAACGCGCUCCCGCUCACCUUCCCGCUCGCGCAUCCCAACGCCAACAGUCUCCAUCACGCCCGCCUCCGCAGCCGCCUUCCGCUCUCCCACAAAAGAGCAGUGUCUCUCCUGUCUUGUGCGCAUCACCAUUCCCUUCCCGGAAUCACGACCGUCCACCGACGCAAACGGCAGCGGUGAAAAUAACUGGGCGUCGGUGGUCGCGUCUAGUGGAUCAUCUCAUAUCUGGAAUCGCAACUCGGUCUCGACUGAGGCGGCGUUGAGGGAUUUGAGUGCUCGGCUUGAUAGUUCGUUCAAGCCAAAGCUAUCAAAAAAACUUGGAAGUCUCCGCAUGUGCGGCAAACGAUGUGCAUCCUACCCGUCCUCGACCUCUGCGCAACUCCUAGACUGCUACCUCUUCGACGACCACCUUCUCUGCGUCAAAGAAGAACGCACCGCAGCAACAGGCAAGACCCCAUCCCCCCACAGCGCGCCGCCGCCUCUGCCGACGCUCACGGUCCGCACUUUCAUCUCAAUCAGCAAGGAUCUCAAAGGUCUCACCUGCGACGACUCAUCCACAAGCCUGUCGCCCUACGCGCUCGUGCUCUCGCUCUCUAGCCCGCUUUAUCCCCAGCUCAGGCUCGCGUUCAAUCAGCCGCAGUUGAGGGAUAUGUGGAAAGCAGAGAUCAUCAAGUCUGCGUCCGCGUCGCUGGGGUUUACACCCCCGCUGAAUCUCAAGACCGCGCCUCCGCAUAUCCCAGUCACCUCCAUCGUCAUCUUUCCAUUAUCAGACAAACUAGAGACAAGCAGAUUGCAAUCCACAAUCAGCGCGCUACUCGACCGUCUAGGCUCGAGCGACAGACUAGGCGUGGUCGUAUACUCCGCAACCAAAGCAUUCAGCCUGCCGCAGUCCGGACCGCAGCCUCGCAGUUGGAAAGGCUGGACAUCCUGUAUCUCCGGCAUCGAGCGCGCACUCUUCUCUGAGCUGGGCGAACCAAGCUGUGAGCAGACUGCGCCCGCGCGCGGAUUCGAGCACGCGCUCUCGCUCUUACUCGAUGGCCCCGACGCACAACAAGACUCAUCAUCAUCAUCGUCAUCAUCGCGAACCACCCCGAUCCAGCGCAUCCUGCUCUUCAGCGAAUCCCUAGACUCCGCCACCGGCCCGCUCUCAGACCUCGAGCGCCUUUCGCACGACACCGCCGUCGAGCACAUCUGCAAACUCGCGCUCGACCACCAUAUCGUGAGCUACACGUUCGGCAUCGGCCACGACCACGACGCCAGCGAACUCGUCCAGUUCUCGAACGCCACGCGCGGAACGUACACCUACCUCCCGCACUGGACCGGUGCGGCCGACGCCGCGAUCCGCUGUCUUGCCGUGUGCAUGUCCAUGUCUCACCGCGAUCUGCGCGUCACGCUCAAGAUCCCGGCCGCGUUCGACGGCGCGCGGAUCCUCAAAGUCGACGGCUGUCUGUCGUACGGGAUCAAGUCCGGGAGACGCGAGGCCGAGGUCGCGCUGGGAGAUACCGCGUUUGGAGAUUGUAAGGACGUGAUUGUGCAGCUUGCGAUGCCGCCUGAUGUCGACAAGAUCAGGGCCGCGCCUCGAGAGCAGUGGGAUAUGAUUGUCUCCGACAUCCAGAGCGUCGGGGAUGACUUUGACGACGUGUACAGUGACGCCGGGUUCGAGUACGCGUCCGACUACGAACAACCCAGCGAACGCAGCAGCAUCUUCUCAAGUCCCCUGCAGCAGCAGAGAUUCUCCGAAACAGCAAGGUACCGCAACACCAGCACCUCCCCGCUGAGCAGAAAACCCCGCGGCCGCUUCUCGUCAACGACCUCGUCCAACUCCUCGACCGCGCUGUCCGAGUUCGCGCCGUACUCGCUGCUCAUGCGGCGGCAGAGCUCGGACACGCGCGGGUCCGAGGACGAGGAUGAAGCCGGGCGGCGCGAGAGCGCGAUGGAGAAACCGGUGCUCGAAGCACAGGUGUCGUAUCUCCAAUUCAGCGCGUCACGCAAGCGGCGCACGUUGAAAUCUACCGCCGUACUCAGAGUUCCAAUCAUGACCGUGCCCGCCGACGAGGUAGGCUUGCCCUCCGCGCCGCCGCCUCUGCCGCAGUUGAGGAUAAAACAGAGUAAUCCGGGCCUAUACCGGAAACAAUCCGCGGCAGCGAUCCCGAAACUGCCGUUGAUCCCGCAAAUCCCCUCGGCGCUGACGACGAACACGUUGCUCUCGCAGCGGCGCAUCGAGUUGCUGACUGCCGAGUCACUGUUGCUCGCGAUGCGGCUUGCUGCGCGCGGGAAACCGCGGCUGGCGGAGCAGGUGUUGAGGAAAAUCGCGCGCGCGGCAGAGGGACUUACGCGUGGACCGCUGCCGAUUCCGCCGUCGCCGACGACGACGAAUUAUCUCUCGUCGCUUUCUGCGUUUUCGUUGAACGGCAGCAGCAGCAGUAAACGGCAGUCAUCUCUACAGAAUCAGCAGCAAGAACACAGCAGUAUAAGCAGCAUCAGCAGUUUCAGCAGCAGCGGUUUUCCAUCCCUCUCCUCCUCCUCCUUUUCGCCAAGCCUGCCCGCGCCCCGCGACUCCAUCAAAUCAUCCUCAAUCUCUUCCACAAUCUCGACCUCAUCCUCACUCAGCACCUACGCCGCCCCGACAAACUUCACAAGCUUCAUGAGCGACGGCGGCGGGGGCGGCGUGGACAAGAAAGUCAGCGGCGCGCUGUGCGAGGAGAUAGAGUACGUGCUCGAGCAGCUGUAUGAUCCGGAGGUAAGGUUGGAGGAGAUUGAGAAGCGCGUGUUGAUGGUCGUGGACGUGAUUGUGCAUCGGAGGUCGUGUAGUGCGCUGUCGGCUGUGGGGAGGUUGUAUUGUGACUAG